UGCUCGCAGGCGACAUUGCCUCGCGCCUUUCUCGCCUCCAUUUUGUGAAUGUUCUGAAAGAAAAACAUGUCUCGCUACAGCCGACCUCCUAACACUUCUCUCUACGUCCGGAACGUACCCGAUGGGACCAGAAGCCAGUGUCAAGCAUUUGGGCAAGCUAAAGCCAAAAGAAAAGCAAGCUACCAAAUAACCUAACUACCAAGUAUGCUAGCCUGGGUGAAGCCACUAAAGCAAGCUUCACAAGCAUCUAAAGGUCUCAGAGAGGUUCUUCCGCUGACAUCCAAGCAAGUCUUGCAAAGGUUUUCGGCCAACUUUGCUAAGGUCCAAGCAAGCCAUGAUCUUCGCUUUACAUCUCAAGUUUGAAUUGGACCAUUUUCUUCAAAUCCCUAAUGGUGUCAAGGGCAAGGUAAGGGGGCAAGGCACAAGCAAUACCAAAGGACUACAAGCAAGCGAAGGCAUGGCUGGUGAAAGGGCGAGGGCAAGGCAAAGCCAAAAGGCAAGCAAGGCAAAGGCAAGGCAAAGUCAAGUCUAAUCCGAAGGGUCCACGUUUCCACUCUGGCAACAAGUGUCAGAAACCCUUAACUAGCUAACGUUUGAAGAUGUCCGGGACGCAGAAGACGCCAUGUACGGACUGGACCGUUCUCGCUUCUACGGACGAGAGCUGGAAAUCCAGUUUGCCGAGGGCGACCGUAAAACACCAUCCCAAAUGAGAGCCAAGGAACGUCGCGACUCUCCGCCGAGUCGGCGCCACGGACACGGUGGUCGCUACGACGACCGCGACCGGCGAGAUCGGCGCAGGAGCCGUAGCCCCUAUGAGCGCGAGCGGCGCCGCAGCCGUAGCCGCAGCCCAUACUACAGUAGUAGCAGUCGGCGCAGUCGCAGCAGGAGCAACGAAAGGCAUUACUACUCCCGCGGGGACAGCCCCUACUACGGUCGGCGCAGUCGGAGCCGGUCGUACGACGGGUACAGGCGACGCAGUGGUGGUGGUAGCACCAGUGCCGGCCGGCGCCGUAAGUCGUACAGCCGCUCCAGAUCCCGCUCUCACAGCCCGCGGGCACGUAGGGAGCCUUCUCCAAGGUCUCGCUCGCCGUCCCCCCAGUACCGCAGUCGGAGCCACACGCCCCGAAGUCGCAGCAGAACGCCCGAGGCGCUCUAGACAGUGCUGACACCUCUCCAACUACUGGGCCAGGCUAGAAAGCACCUUAAGUAUCAAAACAUAGGGGCAAAAGAAAAGUGUAGGUACAAGACAUGCUGAAUUGGUGUAUUGAUAUAUACGUAUACCACUUGUAGCUUAGAGAUGCUUAGGUCUAUAUCUACUACCAUUUUCUGGGUACUCUUUCUAGUUUCUGGAAUUUUUUUUACUAUGUCUUUUUAUAGAGUGGUUGAAUGGUAAGACUACCCUUUUUUUCCUGGUUUGCUUUUGCAGCAAAGGCAAAACCAAUGUAUAUUUUCAGGAAAAGUUAUAUCUUACUUAAAGACAGAAACAACCAAACUUUGUUGAAAAGCAAUCAUCAGGUAAAAUGCCCACACAAAUGUUCGCAAAGACCCUCUAACUACAUUAAAACAUGAAUAGUGCUUCCAAGCUAUUAUGUACCCAAUUGUGAUAAAGGGUUCAUUUCAGUGUUAUUUUCCUUAUGUUUGCCAACUUGACAAUGGGGACGAAAUAUGUGUAUGUGUACUUGAAGGCAGUGUAAGUAGUGAAACUAACUGUGAAAACGAGUGAAAACAUUGCACACGUUGCUCUGCCCGAAGGGAAAGAAUCCCAAGGGUUUAAUCUAUAACAAAAGUGUUGUCCUGUUGAUUUUUACAUAGCUUACAAAUACUGGGAGGACCGACUAUUGUGACAUGUAAACAACCACGGUUAAGUGUCCCAUAUUGGGACGGAGUAUGGCCUUGUUCUGUUCUUGUACAUACCACUUAAGCAUUCACAUCCAAGGACAUGUAGUGCAUUACACCAUCCCUUAAGACUUAGUCGACAACUACAGUGCAUUCCAUGGAACUAGUGGAAAAAUAUUUCUUGUCACGUGAAACAGUCUUUGAAGAGUAACACAUGUAGAUGUCACUGGAUUUCAAAGAGUAGCAAUGUUGCAUCUGGUUAGAACUUACGAAGUAAGCUUGUAUCGUUUUGUUUUAUGAAGGGAAGAACGAAUCAUUUGCCCACAAUGGGAACUGAACUAAAAGCAAAAGCAAAAACUCAAAAUUAGAACAAGACUUGUAGUACUUUGCUAUUAUCAGUGAUGAUUGUAAGAAUGACAUCGACGCCACGGCUACAGUUUUUUGUCUACUAUUGUUUAGAAGGGGGAGUUUGAAGUCCAAAGGUUUUUAUUACGGUUGUACUACGCAUAUUUAACUCAUCAUGGUAUAAGUAUAUCACAGUGGUGUGUAAUAAAAAACAGACAGAAAUACUGACAUCAAGGUCUUGGUUGUGUCAAAUGUAGAAUGGUAGUUUUCAGUAAUAAAAGAUAACAGUCAUAAGCA